AUGUCCCGCGCCGCUGUUUUAUUUACAAUUCUUGCCAGUCUUUUGACAACUGUUAUUGCGACAACUAUUGUGAUUAAUGUUGGAGAAGACAACAAAAAUCAAUUUGUUCCUAAUGCCGUCAAUGCUACUAAAGGCGACGUGAUCGCAUUUCAUUUCGUUGGGGGACAUCAUGACGUUGUUCAAUCGGACUCUUUUGGCAGUUGUAACCAAAUAACAAAUGGCUGUCCAAAUCCUGAAUGGUAUAACUACACUGUUGAUUUGCCUAAAGGCCAAAUUUGGUUCUUCUGCAGUACUCUUACACAUUGUAAAUAUUAUAACAUGACCGGAACAAUUUUUGUUUUAGACAGUUUAAACCAAACUAAUAACGCUGCAACACCUUUGGUUUAUACUGGCUUUAAUAUUUUGAUAUCGAGUAUUGUUGCAGCUUUCUUAAUGAUUUAA